AUGACCGCAUCCAAGACUUGUUCCGCCCCUCAACCAGGCCCCAACGAAGCGCCCCCCUCUUACAACCUCGCCACCACCUCGCCAGGACACCAAGACCGUUCCCAUCUCUCCGUUCCUGAUCGGGAAGAAGACGACCUCUCCACCGAUGAUGACGAGGAGGAGCAUUUGGGUAGGACGACGGGGGUGGAUGAGAAGACGAGGAGGAGUAUGGAGACCGAGUUGAUGGAACUGCCCAAGGGUUGGGUCAGGGAAUUCGAUGCGAGGUGAGUUGAAGGCCUGGCCUGGGAGGUUCAAGUUGGGUGGUGAGAGCGGGUCGGGUGCCGCUUGGCGAAAGAUGGGCGAUGACGUCGUCGGUCCUCGGCGAGGGAGCGAACGAACCGAAGCCAGUGAGCGGAGAUGGCCUUUCUGAGAACUGUGAUGACUGACUUUCUUAUUAUAUUCGCUGGUCGGCGACGAUUCGUCUGGAAUAGCUCGCAACAUGUCUACUACGUCGAGUGAGUGGUCCGGUCGUAGUUUAGGCACUUCUCAUGGCGUGAGUACUGACUCGAAGGCUUCGUUCGAGCAGCACGACCAAAGAUCCCCCGCGAUCCAUUUGGGUGCAUCCUUACGAGGUAAGUGACUCUCGAUAGGAAAUGGCUGAGAAUCAUGUUCAGUGCACUUACGAGACGUGCAAACUUUCCACAGGACGUGAGUGUGCUCUUACUCGCCCCAGAAAGCGGUGCGAACGGUUUCUCGGGGACGUCCUCACUGACCUCCGAUAUUCCCACUUCCAACAGCCCGAGUACCUCGCUUCGAUCCCCGAUACCGAGCGCUCGCGUCUCUUCAACGAGGCGGACCCUCAACACGAACAAGGUUCCCACUCUGCCCACGCCUCGACCUCGACCGGCUCAUCCUCUAACCCACCACAACAGCCCGAAAAGCGUUCGUUCGGCCGCAAGCUCAAAGACAAGAUGACCAACUCGACGCACGAAGAACGUCAAGCCGAACGCAAGCGCCAAGCCGAGGAGGAGAUGAAGCGUCAUCAGGCCUACAUCCGACGCAGGAAGGCGAUGUUGGAGGCGUCGCAGAAUGGGACGUAUGCGCCGACCUAUGCGGCGCCGCAGACGGUGUAUGUUAGGGGUGGCGGGUAUGGACCUUAUGGGGGUGGAUAUGGGGGCUAUGGGAGACCGAUGUACGGUGGAGGCUAUGGGAGACCGAUGUAUGGUGGGGGUUAUGGAUACGGGUAUGGAUCACCUUACGGUGGAAGGGGGAUGGGUGGAGCGGGUGUGGGCGCAGGUCUGUUGGGUGGUGUACUGCUCGGUGGUCUGCUCUUCUAA